AUGAGGGAUAGGAAGCUUCAGAAGAAGAGAAAGAGCCAGGGGACGUCUGUGAUCCCCCAAGACUCGCGUGGAGGUGCUGCUAGUAGCAGUUGUCUUUCAGAAGCCGAAACGUCAGCUGGCAGUGACUUGGACAAGGGACCUGUGUGCGUACCUGCUAGAGCAUCAUCUUUUGUGGUGUACACCACAAGGAAUUACAUCGCUAGCACUAUUUACCAUGCGUACAUUGCAUUUCUCCCCGCUCUACUUCUCCCCAUAUUGAACAACAGCCCAGCUAUCAGUAGGUGGAGCGCCAACUCUGUUACGCUGCUCACAGUAUUUAUAGCAAACUCCUCGUGGCUGGAGCUUUUUGGCUGGAGCUGCACGGGGGAUGCUUGUGCAGCUUUCAUCUCCCUGACUCAAGAGAAGCAAUUUCAUAAAAUUGGGGCCACCCACCACACCGGCACAACAAAAUGGCGGUGUCUACUUGGCGGUUUCUCUGGCUUCCUGGGUGCACUGACAGUUGGAUUGAUGACGGCAUUUUUUAGUCCUUUAAACCCUUUUGGAUCCGUGCGGCCUCUUUCUCAAGAGUUAUUUCUCCGCAUACAGAAACAAGCCGCAGAGUCAGGUUCUGCUGCUACAGAGGCGUCCCUUCUGGCAGACACUUUAAGCAUCUUAUUGACAGAAGAACAGAGAAACGUCGUUGCAUCCCUUCUUCAAGCAGCAGCAGUUGCGACAGUGGGGCAGUGUCCCAAGUUUCUGAUGCCACUACUAUACGGAAUGCAAGAUACUCUACUCUCCGUGCAACCCUGGGCAGUUCUAAGGGCUACCAGUCUUUUAUUUGACAUUUUUUUGGCCGAGUUCUUUUGCUGUUUUACAUUCCACUUGGUCACAGCUGUUGUUACCACUGCUGGGUUUUUCUUUGACCUCAAACACGCGGAGAGAAUCAAGCUAAUGGUGUUGCUAGUUGCAGCUGCUGCCGGGCUCCCCUUCUGCGCGGUCGUUGGUGGCCCCAUGUUGGGGGUGUCUUAUGCCGCAUUAGUUGCCGGGGCUCGCUUGGAUCCUUGGUGUUUCGCUUUAGCUGGCUCAGCCGAUUGGCUGGCGGCGUUGUGCGCCACUCGUCUGGUGCAGCCAUUGCCUCUUGUGCUCUCCGAAGUGCGAGCUAGAGAGCGGUGUUCAAAGAAAAAGGCUCAUUAA